ACUCAAACCACUUCUUCUUCGGAUGCUUUUCCCAUAGUGGUUUUCCCCCUUGAUCACCACAUUCAUGAAACCACAGAUUCUGAUUACUAUCCUUCUAAUACAGAAUCCUAACAUUCAACACCGCAUUCACCAUAUACUUUUUCACCUACCUUUUCCACUUUUAUCCACAAGUUACUUCACUUGAUUCCUCUACACACACUACUACUUCACCUCCACUUCCUAGGAAGUCCACAAGAAUUCCCACGCAACCUACUCACCUCCAAGACUAUCAUUUUUCUUUUAUGACCAUUUUCAUUUUUGGUUCCAUGACUCUAAACUUCUUUACCCCCUUUCAAAUCAUUUGGACUAUUCAAACCUUUUUCCAGACCACCUGCACUACAUUUAUCCACUUCUUCAACCACUGAUCCUCAGAGCUACUCUCAAGCUAUUAAAGAGGCUUGCUGGCAGCAGGCAAUGAAUACAUAAUAUAUACUUUGAUUGAUAAUGGAACAUGGAGAAUAAUCGACAAAACUCCUGGAGUAAAGGAAGUUGCUAACAAAUGGAUUUUCAAGACAUAAUUCUUUUUUCAUGGUUUCCAUUGAUAAACACAAGGCCAGACUGGUAGCCAAGGGUUUCACGCAGACAUAUGACAUUGAUUUUGUUUACACUUUCUCGCAUGUUGUUAAACUCAAUUCAUUCAAAUUGUUAUUGGGUGUUGCUGCAACAAAGGCAUGGCAUCUACAUCAAAUGGCUAUGAGUACCUGAGAGUUACCUGAGGGUUACUUAAUGGAGGAGGUGCAUAGAGAGUUACCCUGAGGGUAAGAAGGAGCUAAGUCACAUGCAGCCUGCAGGGGCAAAGCGUGCAAACUUAAAAAAUCUCUGUAUGGACUGAAACAGGCAAGCAUGCAGUGGUUCAUUAAGUUGUCUGAAUUUCUAACGUCUCUGGGUUUUCAACAAUCAUUUGAAGAUUACUUAGUGUUUAGUACAUCCAAAGUUGUACCUAUUGUGUAUGUGGAUGAUAUGUUACUGGCAGGACCAAACAUUUAAGAUGUUGAAUUUGUUAAACGACAUUUGAAGAAAGGUUUCAAAGUCAAAGACAAGGGAAAUAUGAUGUAUUUCAUAGGAGUGGAAGUGCAAAGAAGCAGAGAAGGAAUUUCACUAAAUCAAAGGAAAUUUUUCUUGGAGAUGCUUGCCAAUGCAGAUUUCCUUCAAAGUAAACCUGCAAAACUCCAAUCAGCAAGAAGACUAUAUUGUCUGCAUCAGAUGGAGUGCCACUACAAGAUGGAACAUAAUUCAGGCAUUUACUUGGUCAACUUCAAUACUUGACCUCUACAAGACCAGACAUCACUUUUCCAGUGCAACAGUUAUGUCAUAUCCAAGCAAACUACCAUAGUUCACAUGAAAGGGUUACAGAGAAUUCUCAUAUACUUAAAAGGAACUUCAAGCCAAGGGCUAUGGUUCUCAACAGACUCUAAAUUAACCAUCAAACCUUUGUGACUCAGAUUGGGCAACAUGUCCUUAUACAAGAAAAUUUGUACUGAUACUAUACGUUCUUGGGGGAAUCUUUGAUAACUUGGAAAAGUAAGAAGCAGAAGACAAUCUCACGUUUUUCAUCAGAAGCAAAAUACAUGGCAUUAGCACAACUCUCAUGUGAGGUACAAUGGCUAAAAUCACUUCUUCUCUUCUUUGAAAUUGCACAUCCUCAACCUAUACCAGUUUUCUUUGUUAACUAAUAAGCUAUUGAUAUAGUAGAAAACCUUGUGUUCUAUGAACGAACUAAUCAUACAGAAGUAGACUGUCACAUUAUUAAAACAUGGACUGUUGAAACUCUCAUAUGUCAGUAUAUAAAAACAGUUGGCAGACCUUUUCACAAUAGGAUUGUCUGUAAACAGAUUCAGUUACUUAUCAAGCAAGCUGGCAGUACACAACAUGUAUUUACUAGCUUGAGGGGGCGUGAGAAGAUGAGUGGAAUGACUACUAUGUGAUAGAAGAAAUUGGAAUGACUAUCGUACCACUUAGUGAUGUUAGUUAGUCGUAGACUAAUUUUACCUUGCCACUUGUCCUCUUGUAAAUGCUACGUUUUAUUAGUCUAUUAGUUUUACCAUUGAUGUCCGGUAACUUCUGAUUGAUGUAUAUAUAUGAGAAAACCCACAAUCUUUGCCAAUUCCCACACACAUGGCUGUCACUCUCAAUCUUUCUCUCCUCUUUGCACAAACCCUAGUGAUGAUAUUCUGAUAGGUUAAGAAGUUUCUCAAUACUUGGCAUGAUCGGCGGAAGGAGGGAACACAAAUUGGGACAUCCAUGGUUUCAUUUCCCUUUCUUUUGUGAUUGAGUGGGUUCAAUGGCGUCUGGCUCAGGCUGGCCAAUCAUUGCGUUAUAACCCAUGGUUGAAAAGUAAAAGGUCAUUAGCCUUGAAUGUUAUUAAACAAAAGCAAACAGUAGCAGAGGAAUUAAAGAAUGGAGAACAUUCUUAGUCGUAACUAAUUUAUUCGUUGCUAUAUUAGUGGUUGGUCUUAUUAUUGAUAAUGAUGAUAUAAUAAUAAUAAUGCUCUGUGUCAUAAUCACUCUGUAUUUAAGGGAGGGAUUUGCUUGUUGAAAGAGGAAGGAAGACUGAGGAGGCGAGGCAACAAAGAGCCAAAAGAGCGAGUCAACCAACUAAUAGUUUGGCAGUGACGAGGUCCAAAAAGGCUACCAUAUCAUUACCCACCAGAAGAAAAAAGAUAGCGAAAAAUCAGAGGAAACCAGAGAGAAGCAACCCAAUUGGGAGAAACGAAAGACCCUUCCUUUCUUCCUUUUUUACUCCCUUCCCUGCUUUUCUUUUUGGGCAAUCGUCAAGCCAACACCUUCUUCUCUCCACCAGGUGCCAACAGAACUCGGCGGUGAGAUCUUUUGUAAUCUUCCUGAACCCCUCGAAACUGCUGCUCCCCAAAAAUUCCAGCCUUUUUUAAUUCUGCUUCUGGGUUUUGCUGCUGUUCUAUUUCCCACCCAACUCUGUUUCUUGAGCUGGAAAUCUGAGGCUGCUUAUUCAAGAUCUGGGCUUUCCCUACUUAGUUUCCCUGAGCCUCUUGGAGUUGGAGAGGAAAUCUGGGUGUUUCUGUUUGUUUGGAUGGGACUCUGCUGGAGUAAUCGAAUCAAAGCAUAUAGUCCUUCAAAUACAGGACUGAAUUCAAAGGGUGAUAGUAGCAGAGAUGGCAGAAGUUUGAGCAAUUCUAGUAGCAGGGACUCAUUACCUCACACUCCUAGGAGUGAAGGUGAGAUUCUGCAGUCCUCCAACUUAAAAGUCUUCAGCUUUAGCGACCUGAAGUCAUCCACGAGAAACUUCCGACCGGAUAGUGUACUUGGAGAAGGUGGGUUCGGAUCAGUCUUCAAAGGAUGGGUCGACGAGAAUUCACUAUCUGCUACCAAACCUGGAAGCGGCAUUAUCAUUGCUGUGAAGAGACUGAAUCAAGAUGGGUUCCAGGGCCACAAAGAAUGGCUGGCGGAAAUAAAUUAUCUUGGGCAGUUACAUCAUCCAAACCUGGUCAAACUGCUGGGCUACUGCUUGGAGGAUGAUCAUCGUCUUCUGGUUUACGAGUUCUUGUCCCGGGGCAGUUUGGAGAAUCAUUUAUUCAGGAGAGGUUCUCAUGUUCAUCCCCUUUCUUGGAGCAUUAGAAUGAAGGUGGCUCUGGGAGCUGCAAGAGGGCUUGCCUUUCUCCAUAGCAGUGAAGUCCAAGUUAUAUAUCGGGAUUUCAAGGCUUCAAACAUUCUUCUCGACACGAACUACAACGCAAAGCUUUCUGAUUUUGGGUUAGCCAGGGAUGGUCCAACCGGCGAUAAAAGCCAUGUCUCUACCAGGGUUAUGGGAACAUAUGGAUAUGCAGCACCAGAAUAUCUAGCAACAGGUCAUCUAACUGCAAAGAGCGACAUCUACAGUUUUGGAGUUGUGCUUCUGGAGAUGCUGUCUGGCCGGAGAGCCAUAGACAAAAAUCGGCCAUCUGGGCAACACAAUCUAGUUGAAUGGGCUAGACCUUACUUGAUAAACAAACGAAGAGUCCUCCGUAUAAUGGAUGCACGCCUAGAGGGGCAGUACGCUCUCCCUCGAGCUCAGAAGGUGGCCAACCUUGCCCUUCAAUGCUUAGCCAUGGAACCAAGGUUCAGGCCGAACAUGGAUGAGGUGGUCACAGUCCUUGAACAGGUGCAAGAAUCCAAGAAGAAAGGUAGCCUAGAGGAUCACCAGCAGCAAGGAUCUGAUGUUAAAGAGAACCGCGAAGCACGACCCUCUUACCCCAGACCUUCUGCCUCUCCACUUUUUGCUUGAGUCCAGUUGUUUUGUUUCGUUCAAGUUGGUUUUGAUGGGAGUUCUAGGGAAAUGGGUUUCGUUGAAGAAUGUACAGGGUGUUCUUUUGUUGUUGUUGUUGUUGUUCUUCUUCUUCUUUGUGCAUUUCUGGGUGGAGAGCAUUUCAGAGAUAUCCAUAUUGGACAGGGGACAGACAAAUAAGGCUUCUGUACCAAGUAAGAGUCCCUCCAUAUGAGAGCUUGUAAUCAGAGACGAUAAAGUUUCGAUGCUAAG